CAGGCUUCCUGGAGAGGUGGUUGAUGCCCCAGACUGUCAGUGUCUAAGAGUCAUUUGGGCAAUGGUGUCACUUUAGGGCAGCCCUGCACUGGUCAGGCAGUUGGACCAGAUGGUUGUCGUAGGUCCCUUCCAGCGGAACUGUUCUAUUGUAACAUGGAGGGUUUUGUUGGUUUCGGGGUUUAGUUUUAUUUGCUUCUACAAAGAGAUUGUAAUUUAUGGUUUGUUGUACAAUACCACAUUGUCACCCUUCUGCUACAGAGGACAGUGAGUCCUUCAUCUUCCAGCUUACUUGGUGUUUGCUAGUCAUAUCCGUGUUUACCGACACAUCGUUCUUAACCCGGGCUCUCUUUUAUCCACAUGAAGCAGGUGGUGAUUAGAAAUAGCUGGGGAUUUGCCAAAGGUAAAUAGUGUCACUAAUCUGACAACCUUUUACAACAGAAGGAUGUUUUCUGUCAGCAUGAGGAGAGCAGUGGAUGUCAGCAACGCCUUUGAUGCUCUUUCCCACAAUCUUCUCCAGGCUGGACAGGGAUUUGAGCUGCCUAGUCUAGUGGAAGGUGUCCCCUGCCCAUGGCAGGGGGUUAGAACAAGAUGAGCUUCCAACCCAAAGCAUCCUGUGAUUCCAUGUUUCUCCUGGACUGCCUGGGUGGGCUGCGAGACAGCCAUGUGUGGAGAGGGUGCUCAGAAGGGAGACACACAACUGUUCUGGCAGAGCUCCAUGUAACCAUCUUCCUUACGUGUGAAGAUCCUAAAGCUCCAUGUAAGUUUUACUGUUUCACUAAACAGUAGAGCAGUUCCCUGAGGGAAUACAAGGGAGGAGUUACUGUAGGGUUAUUUUAUAAUAUCUUUCCUAGACCUUACUUCUGUGCUCUCGGAGAUGCUUUCGCAUAGUGGUGCACUGUUGUUUAUAGGAGGGAGAGACAAGGUGGGUACGUGCACGUGUAUUUUUAGAAAGAAUCAUUGUGACAGGAAUUUCUUGUCCAAAAUUCCAAUUUUUCUGAGGCAGACAUAAAUACUAGAACGUUGUGGAUGUUCCACACUUAGAACCAGUGGUCUUCUGGCACAGUAAGGGCUUGUCUCUCUCUAUUGGUUUUGCCUCUCUCUGUACUGUUUAUGGUUUAUGGCUGGGAUAGAGUUAAUUUUCUUCACAGUGGCUGGUCUGGAUCUGUGUUUGGAUCAGCGAUGGAAGCACAGGAAUGUUGUAGCUGUUGCUGAGUGGUGCUUGCACAGCGUCAAGGUCUUUCCUGCUCCUCACCCUCCCCCAUCAGCGAGGAGCUGGGGUGCGCAAGGAGCUGGGAGGGGACACAGCUGACCCCGACUGACCACAGAGGUCUCUCACACCGUAGGACGCCGUGCUCAGCAAUAAAAGCUGGGGAGGAAGGAGGAAGGGGGGUAUGCCCAAGUCACUGUUACGCAUGAUGGAGCCCAGCUUUCCUGGGGAUGGCUGAACUCCUGCCUGCAGUGGGAAGCAGGGAAUGAAUUCCUGUUGAUUUGCUUGCACGUGCAGGUCUUGCUUUACCUGUUAAACUGCCUUUAUCGCAACCCACGAGUUUUUGCACUUCCACCUUCUGAUUCUCCCAUCCUGCUGCAUGGCGCUGACCUCCCCCAGGGCCUGACCCCCAACAGGAAGCAGAGGCAGGAUGGAGUGACGAAUGCAGCAUCCCACCCCAGCUCACUAAUCCUGCGUCACCUGGCUGACUUUCCCUGCCCCGGUCUCCGAGCAGCCCACCCCCACAUGAAGACAAGUACUCGUGCCUGGCACCAUUUAUUUUUUUUGGCGUAACCAAAGCUGAUGAUUCGUGUACAACACCCCAGGAGAGAGCAAUGAAUCAAUUGUAAAAGUGUAAAAAAUGGGCUUUUGUGAUCCGUGGGCUCUAGCAGCUCCUGAGCGAGAAAUGGCACAGCUGACGUGUGUAAUGUAACAGGAGAAAGAGGUCGCUGAAAUGUGCCCCCCCUGCCAGCAGCAGCUGGUGCUAUGCCAAGAGUAACCCUAGAAAUUCUCCAUAAAAGAGCACAUUGACUCAGGUUCUACCAAGAAACUCAAGAAAAGCAACCCUACACCUUGCUAAUCUCUGCAUCUUGGUAAAGCACUGGAUUUGGGGCUGCUCUGGGGAAGCUGUGAUUUAAAAAGAAAUGCUGUGUAUUUGGGUGCUCUGGAAAUGUAGCAACGUAGGUGAAGGAUCCCAGAGUGCUGAGGAUUUGGCUGUUGGUGAGGCACGUUGAGCCAACAGCAUACGAGGUUUAGAAAGGUGGCACUGUGUGUGGAGAGGGAAAGGAGACCACCAGGAGGUGCAUGGACCGUGGCAUGGCUAUAAAAGAUCAAAAGCAGCAACUCAAUCCCCCCUAAAUCCAGGCUGGGAGGUGUGGGUACACUUUUUGUUGCCCAAAUGAGGAGAGCAUUGGCUUCAUCCUGGUAUGGGGAGCAGGGAGAUGACCCCACCUCCAGACCUGCAGGACAAAUUCUGCUCUCCCAGGGUGAACUGCAACCAUCAAACCCCAUUUGUGAAGUGCUGGUGUACAGCAGCCUCAGUGGAAUCUAAAAUUCCUGCAUAAUACGAGUUGUAACAGUUGUUAAUAACACCAGAGACAAAGCAUAAAAUAAUGCCCCUUUAGGGGCAAGAGUUCUCCCUCCCAAGGCCUGGAUACAGCCAAGUCUGUUAAGCUCUUAACCUCCAGCUACAGUAAUUGCAUUUUUACCAAAAAGUUUGAAGUCUAAAUGUUUUAAGAGGAAUUUUCCGUAGGUGAACUCCAUUCCUGUUUGGCUGCUGUCCCUAAUUUGCUCUUGCCAAAUGUAUCUGGCAGGGAAUUCCUGUCCUUACCCACUGAGCAAGAAGCAGAGAAGAGGGACAGCAGGCACUGACCGUGGCCCCUGGUGAUGUGAUAUUGUGCAGGAUGACGAAGGUUCAAUGCCCUCCACCAGCCCCCUGCCCGGAUCCUGCCUGGAUCCCGCCCCCAGCGCCUCCCUCCUGCAGCCAGGAGAGAAAGGGAUCCCCACUAAGGAAUCCCUGUUAAACCUUUCCUUCCCAGCAAAGCUGCUGCAAAUGCCAUGUCCCGAGGCACCUUUUUACCUGUGUCCUGCCAUACCAGCGCUUUUCAUGGCUUAUUAAUUAACUCCCACCCACUUCUGGGAACACCUGGCCACUCCCUUUGUCCUCACCUAUCCCAGCCCUUUAUAGCAGUGAAGGGAUGCUAGAAAUAGAGACGUGGCCACGAAGAAAGAGCCAGAGGAGACAAACAGGCACUGGAGUCGAUUUGCAAAGGAGAUACUUCUCAGCUCGCAGCAGCAUGGAAAGCCCUGGGUGCACUCCAAGGCAUGUCAGAUGUCUCAUCAUUUUCAGCCUCUGCCUCGGACUUUCCUGCCUCUCAGGAUUCUUCCAUAUGAAGAAUGAGAAUUACAGCAUCUCAAAGAGCCACGAGGAGCUGCUGAUCCCUGCCAUGCCAUGCCAUGCCAAGACAAACGUCAUGUUCCUCAAGACCCACAAGACAGCCAGCAGCACUGUGCUCAACAUCAUGUUCAGGUUUGCAGAGAGAUACAACCUCACUGUCGCCCUCCCUGCUGACCAACUCUUCCACCUGGGAUACCCGAGGACUUUCCUGGCCCACUUUGUGGAGGAUUUUGAAGCCAUAGGCCAAAAUUACAACAUCAUGUGCAACCACCUGCGGUUUAACCCCUUGGAGGUAAAAAAGGUGAUGGCAGCCAACACCUUCUACUUCUCUAUCCUGAGGAACCCCAUUCCUCUGCUGGAAUCUUCCUACAUCUACUACAAGAACAAUGUGCCUGCCUUCAGGAGCUCCAAGAACGUGAACGAGUUCCUGGCAUCACCCACAAAGUACUACCACCCAGCGGAUUACAGGGAAAGCAUCUACGCCAGGAAUAUCAUGUGGUUUGACUUCGGCUACGAUAACAACGCGGAGGAUGACGCAAAGUACACCCAGGCCGUCCUGGAGGAGAUUGAGCAGAACUUCCACCUCAUCUUGAUAGCAGACUACUUUGAUGAGUCCAUGAUCCUCUUGAAGCAUGCUUUGUGCUGGGAUCUGGAUGACGUGAUUUACUUCAAGCUCAAUUCCAGAAGCCAGGACACUGUCCAGACAUUGACUCCAGAAAGUGAGGAGCAGAUAAAAGCGUGGUGCUCGCUGGACUGGAAGCUCUACCUGCACUUCAACCAGAGCUUCUGGAGGAGAAUUGAGGAGACCAUAGGGCUCGAGGUGCUGGAAAAGGAGGUGGGUCACCUGCGGACCAGACAGAAGGAGCUCAUGGAGACCUGUCUCUCAGAGCAGGAGGCAGUGAGGAAGGAUCACAUCAAAAACAAAGGUCUCCUGCCUUUCCAGUCAGGGGCUGCAAAUAUCCUGGGUUACAACCUCAAACAAGACUUGGACAACAGGACUCUGAGGAUGUGCCAGAAAAUGGUCAUGCCAGAGCUCCAGUACACGUCCUACCUUUACACUGUCCAACACCCGCACAAGAAGAGGAAGGAGCUGGGAUUGCCAUUGCUGUGGACCAGCCUCCAGGAGAAGACGGCGCUCCCAGUGCCCAACUAGGACAUGUGGCAACCUGUGUAGCUUCCCACCACUUGGCAUCACCCCUUGUCUGACACGUAACUGACCCACAGGACUCUUGUGUGUUUGGGGACCUUGAGCCAAAGGAUUUGCAUUGGCUGGAUCCUGGGUGAUCCUGCCUGCCUGCUCCCAGCUGGAGAGAGCCAGGCUGGCUGCAGCUGUCUAGACAUUCCAGCCUCUUAAUCAUUAAUCAUGAGCAUGA